AUGGCUGCAGCUGAAGAAACGGAGAUUAUAUUGGACGGUAAACUGUUGGCGUUGGGUGUUACAGACUUGACUGAAUUUGGCUUGUAUCUGAAAGUCGAGAAAGCAAAGAUCAAAGGACAGACAAAGGUAAAAAUUAUUAAAGUAAUUCGAACCGAACUCGAAAAGAUUAUAAACACGUUCGAUUCUGACAAACAGACUAACGAAUAUUUAAAAGGUUUAAUUGAUUUUCUCGACGAAAAUGCUCAGCCUAAGCCGUCAGAUGAGGAAGGUAACACGUUAAAGCCUUCUUCUGAGCUAGAAAAGCUCGAAAUAGAGCUAAAAGCAAUUGAGUCGCAACAAAAAGCUAUUCAAGAAAAGCUUUUACAAGUAAAACAGUCGGAAAAUAUUCCCAAGUCAAGUGGAAGCAGCCCUACUGUUGCUGACUCAACAAAAAUGCCUUUGUUAGGGUUAAACUCGGGGUUGCAGGCAACAAUUUUGCAUAGAGAUUUCAAGAUUCAAGGAACAAUAGGCAAAGUUGGGCAAAAAGACAAAUUAGGCUACCAAUCAUUAAUGUUGCAAGUGGAAAUUGGCUUAGGGAAGGGUUAUACAGAUAAAGAAAUAGUUACUGCAGUAAUUAGAGCUGUUCAACCUGGUUUACAGCUUCGAAGCUACUUAGAAAGUGUAGGUGACCUAUCCCUAGCUAGACUGCGAACGAUUCUUCGUUUUCAUUUUCACGAGAAAAAUGCAACCGAAUUGUACCAGGCAUUGACUAAUAUAGCCCAACAGCCAAAUGAAGACUCCGAAGCAUUUCUGAUGAGAGCACUAACCAUCAGACAGAAGAUUUUAUUUGCUUCGAAGGAAUCGGGUAGUGAGAUUACAUAUGACAGUUCUUCGGUACAAAGUUUAUUUCUUCAUGCACUUGAAACCGGUCUUAAGGAUGAGACAAUUCGGGCCAAACUUCGGCCUUUAGUAUCAAAAACUGAUGUGUCUGAUGAAGAACUAAUUGAAGCAAUGUUUUUAGCAGUGUCGGCAGAAACGGAACGUAGUAAGAAGUUUAAUGUAACAAGUCCAGGAAAAAGCAUGAAAGCACGCGUUUCGGCAGUUCAAAAAGAGGAUGACACGGAGAAGAAAGAGAUUUUGGCAGCUAUUAAACAAGUCAAAACUGACUUAUCUGCCAUGCAGAAUGAGAUGAAAACACUCUGUGAGACUGUGCAUAAUCAGAAUCAAAACCCGAGCACAGCAAAACCAUCUCGCAAAUGUGAAAAUUGUAAACCUACUGAUGAGUGUAGGCAUUGCUUUCAUUGUGGGGAAUUAAAUCACAUUGCUCGGUAUUGUAGAAAGGGGAAGCAAUAUGCGUCGGGAAACGGACAGAGGCUACCCCCACGGGACAGGGUGUAG